AUGAAGAGGAUCUGCGGAAAUAUUUUUGCCUGCUAUGUAUUUGGUUUCAAUAUGCACACAAGAGAUCAUUUCCAGACAUGGAGACUGGAAGCAAAUUUGGAGCUAAAUGGAUUUGGAACUGGUAUCGUUUCCAUAGGAAUACGAUGGCAUUUUAAUGCCAAAGCACAACUUUAUCUGAGUUACAUGAGGGAUAGUCGAAAGCUUCCUUGCAUGCAAACAUCUGGAUUGGCCUGUAGGAAGAGCAGCCUAAUUGCCACUACAACUGGAUCUGCUGUGGGCAUGAAACAACCAUGUGCUUGGUCUGUACAGACCAUUAAUGGCUUUUGCGCAAGUGUCCACAACCAGGCCACAUAA